GACCUUGACUUGUUGCAAACAUUUUUGACUUCCAAAAAUUACUUUUCGCAGAACGAAAACAAAGGGUAUCUAGCAGACACCGGAGAAAACGCAGGAAAUAAACCCGGAUGGAAAGAAAAUCAGAUUGAGGAAGAUUUUGAUCCUUGGGCUCUGCCCGAACUUCAGGAUCUUGGACCAAAAUGGUCUGGUAAGUUUCGUUGCGUUCAGUCUGGUUGUAUUCUUCGACUAACUUCGUCAUACCACAAAAUUCCGAAAAUGACCCCCGCGGGUAUUAAAUGGUUUUAAAAGUAAUAAUGCGUUAAUAAAUAGAUAAUUAAAUAAAUAAAUGUAAUCAAAGGCCUCUUUUGUGGGGAAACUUUCAUCUUCAAAAUCCCGCGGGCUUUUAAUUGUAGGAAAUUUGUGUCAACAAUUUUCAAAGGAUAAUAACAGGAUUCUAGAAAUUCGUGCGAAGUAAUUCUUCAGAACUUGCAAACUUAAAAGUGACAGCAAUAACGGAACUUCAUUGAAAAUGAAAAUGCUGAACUAGUACGUGAUAUCAUAAAUUUAAUGCGAUGACCUGAUACUGUCGCCCAUCGUUCAAAAAGGAUAGGAUAGGAUAGGAUAACUGCUUUAUUAUCGACAGAGCGCCUACAGACACAUGUGUUUACAACGAUAACAAAGAUUUUAGUGCAAUAAUUACAGAGGUGUACAUUUGUAGAAUUUAUACAACUAAACAAGGUUAUAUUUAACGCGUCUAUCUCUUUCGCGGAAGCGAUCACAUACGUAUUUAGCCACAAUUUCUUGCGUUUUCUCUCCUUGCUUCAUACUUAUCGAAGUUGCAAAGGCAGAGCUUGGCGUCAUAGAGUAAUAGAGUCAUAGAGUCAAGAAAAAGGAGGGCGCAUCAUCUUACGUGCUAAGUGAUCAAAAAUUAAGCUUUUAGCAUCACCAUCGUCAUUUCAGUUGUAGUAUCAAUAUUAGGAAAGGCAAAGUAUUUUAAAACAGCUCAGUUAAGGCUUAUUCAAAUGGAGUCACGCGAUAUAUUUCUGAAAACAAAGAAAAAAAGAGAAAAGGAAAGAAAAAAGAAAAAAAUAGUAGAAAAACGUAAAUACCAUGUACAUAAAUAGAAAUACCUGAAUAAAUUGUUGUUGUUGGCAUUAUUUUCCCUCUUUUUGGCCCUUACUUUCUUAUCAUUUAGCAAGAAACUCGUUUCAACUAGCAAAACAUGUUACAUACAGAGAACAACAACUGAUACAUAAUGCAAACGAGAAUAAUGUUUUCUUGUCAAUGCCGAUGUAACAAUGUCAAAUGAUAACCUCACAUCAAAUCACAACAGGGUUUACAAAUGCCUUGAAACCUGUUGCUAACAACAAUGCUUUACCAACAAUUGCGACUUCAGUGCCGGAUCCAGACCUUGAGAUAAGGGAGGUUGGGGAGAGCGGGGGUUGGGUGUGGUCUCCAAAAACAUUUUUGGAUCCGCCAUUGGACUUAUGAUUGUGUGAUCGAAUCUUUCUGUUCCCUGACCAAUAGAGCUCGACUGCAAAGGAAAGUUUCUUCGCGUCGCUUUGGCGUUUACCAAGAUUGUCUUACUCCUUGGUCUUCUGUACUUGUUCAUCUGUUCGUUGGAUUUCCUAAGCAGUGCCUUUCGCUUGUUGGGAGGAAAAGCCGCUGGCGAAGCCUUCGCUUCGAAUGAAAUUCUCAGCAACCCCGUUGCUGGCCUUAUGAUUGGCAUCCUGGCAACUGUUCUUGUUCAAAGCUCGUCCACUACAACUUCCAUCGUGGUCGCAAUGGUGGCUGCUCGCAGUAAGUUUUGUAUUUUAUAACAACAAUGUUGCAUGGUUUUGGAAGAUCAGGGGCACCCAACGUCAAUUUUCGGAAAAUAUCUGUUCGGAAGACGAUUUGAGAUCUAGAUUUUUUCGGAACAUUUGUUGUAAAAUUCAUUGCUUGCCUGCCUCUCCUAGGAUUUUCGAACAUCUAAAAAAUUGUAUAAUUGCCCUUUUUUAACAGAGUUUUACUCUAAAAGGUCACCCAGAAUUUUCGGGAGCCUUUUUUCUGGCUGACAUUUUCGAAAAGGUAAGUUUUGAUCCCUAUAAUUUUCGGAUCACUAGACUUUCAGCUAGGAAAUCCGAACAGAUGAAAAAUUUUUAGGGGAUAAAAAUAUGCCUAUGUCUACCGUUUAAAUACUAAAAUACGUUUAACAGUGCUAUGUUUAAGUGGUUUUGAACUAUAUUCUCGUUGGGUGCCCCUGGAAGAUAUUUACCAGGCUAGGUCACAGGAGCUACGAAUCUCAUUUCCAUGCAAUUUUAGGAUCAUAUAUCUCAUCAAACCGGUUUGGAGCUGAUGUGCAUAUUUGUUUUCAUUGACGCUGACAGCUGCGAUUUGAUCCUACGUGACUCUCUACGAUGCAUGAAAAAAGAAUUGCUCGAAAGCUUACUUAGAGAGGAAAGUGCUAUAAAAAUUGUCACAAAUUCUUUUCCAAAAAAUUCACACUUCAAGUUUCAAGUAUAUGAAAGGGACAGAAGUCAGAUGAGAAGUACACACUCUGUAUGUUUUUAGAAGUCAACAGGAUAAAAGGAAUUUAGGGUCCGCGACACUUGUAUUACUGUACCAGGCCAAACUAAAUAUUGCCAGGCAAAACGGCCAUGCCAAACAAAACAUAUUAUUCAUAGGUCGCGUAGGAAUGAAGUAAAGGAACCGUGUUGUUAGUCCCUGGCAUUCUUAUUACUUUUUUAACUCCUGAACGGCAAUCGCUAGAAUCCCCAUACAGGCCCUUGUUGGGCAAAUAUAAUUGACACCCUUAAGCUAGGGUUACCUCCGUUUUCAAACGUAUGUCAGGUACUUAUCAGAACUUUACCUUUCAGUUGUGGAUGUUAAGCCUGCAAUUCCAAUCGUAAUGGGAGCGAACAUUGGAACAUCAGUCACCAACACCAUUGUCUCCUUGGCUGAAGCUGCCGAGCGAAAUGAAUUCCGUCGUGCCUUUGCUGGAGCCGUCGUACACGAUAUAUUCAACUGGUUGUCUGUCAUUGUGUUUUUGCCUCUGGAAAUAGCUUCCGGCUACUUGCGCCGACUAACUGGAGAGAUCAUUGACUCCCUCAGUCUCAAAACAAAUGAAGGUGUCAACCAAAAGUUGUUGAAAACAAUAACGGAACCAUUUACCAAGCUCAUUAUUCAGUUGGAUAAAAAAAUCAUAACGAAAAAUUGCCCUUGGACACAAAUCUCUUGA